AUGCCGCCCCGGUUACGACUCUCCAAUGGACGCAUUUCUCAGUCGUUUCGACGCCAGAGAGUCCUAUGUCAAUUCGAAAUACCAGUCGCUGCUCGUUAUGCAAGCACUGCGGCCACAGCGACGACUCCAGCCGCAUCUAUUGAGCAGAUGACUACUUCCAUUCCUCCAAUCGCUAGAUAUCCCCCUUCUCAGCCUCCCUCUCAUCGCAACCCCGAGUACCGACGAUCACAGCUUCUCCGCCAGUACACAUCGCUUAUCCGCACUACACCUCUCAUGGUUCUUUUCCAGCAUGAUAACCUUCAGUCGGUGGAAUGGACCGCAAUCCGGCGAGAACUGAGCAAGGCCAUGCAGAAGGUUGAUGAAAAGAUUGCUGCUGAGGGACGGCAAGCUGCACCGCUGGCGCCUCACAUCAAGGUGCAAAUCGUGCAAACCAGCAUCUUCGAGGUCGCUCUCCGCAUUGUUGAAUACUUCCGCCCAGAUGGGGCCACAGUGGCCAGUGCCAAACCUCCCAGAGCCAUCGACCCCAUUACACAGACCUCCGCCGAGAUUCCUCUAACGGGAUCCAAGGAUGACCCGGCUUUGACCCAUGACCUCUCCCGUGCGGCCCAUGACGCUGUGAUGCACAUGAAAGGCAAGCAUGAACUUUCACCGCUUCUUGUUGGUCCCGUCGCAGUCCUUUCUAUCCCACAGGUGUCUCCUGAGCAUUUGAAAGCCGCCAUGUCGAUUCUUGCCCCCAAGGCAACCGGCUUCCCUGCUCCCACUCGCAGAGCGAACCCGGCGUGGCAUGAACUCCCUGUCCAAAAUGGAUUGCAGAAAUUGAGCUUGCUGGCUGCUCGAGUGGAUGGUCAGGUUUUCGAUGUCGACCAGACGAAAUGGGUCGGCAGCAUCGAAGGUGGUAUGGAUGGCUUGCGGUCUCAACUCAUCAUGGCUCUGCAGAGCAUGGGAUCUAGCAUUACGAAUACCCUGGAAGGCGCUGGAAAAAGCCUCUAUUUCACCCUCGAGAGCAGGAGGAGCGUUCUGGAAGAUGAGCAGAAGGGUCCCGACGGUGACAAGAACGAAUCUUAA